CGUGUAACUGUGCAUGUUAAUUCCAGGAGACGCAGGAGUAGCAGGAGUUGAUGGACCGUCUGGACUGAAAGGGAAAGCAGGAACAACAUGUGCUGCGGGAGGUACAGGAAGGUCGUUGGACAGAUGGACAUCAAUGUCAGAAAGCUGAAGAAUGCAGUCAAGUUUGUGAAAAAUGUCAUUUUUAGGCAUUAAGGAAACGGAGGAGAAAUUUACCUGAUUGUGAAAGAGGCCAGAAAGUACCGAGAGGCUCUGAUAAACUGUAAGCUGAGGGGCGGUAUGCUGGCCAUGCCCAAAAAAGACACCAACACCCUGAUAGCAGACUACGUCACCCAGGCUGGCCUGACCCAGGUCUAUCGGCUGCAGGCUGGGCAGAAUGGGGGAGGGCCUGUUUACGCAGACCUGACCCCAGUGAGGAACUAUACGGCCUGGGGCCUAGAGGAGCCAUCAGGGGCCCCUUCCAACAGCCAGCUGUGUGAAGAUGGUCAGCACAGGCACCUGGAACAGGUGGAGUGUGACAUCACCAUGUACUACGUGUGCGAGUUCAAGAAGAGCAGGAGAGGUCUCGCCGCCGUGCUGUGAUGUCAUCGAGUGGUCGAAGGUUGUUGAUGUGGACAUUAGACCUUUAUACUAAGACAGAAACCAGUAGUACUUUAACCUGUAGAUAAACAUGUAGCCUUAUAGAAACUAGACAAAGGUCAUUGAUAUAAACCUAGCCUAUUGAUAUUAAUGAGAGAUAAAAGUUGGUAUCCAUGGGGCCUCCCGAGUGGCGCAGCGGUCUAAGGUGUCACUACAGACCGCGGGUUCGAUCCCGGCUGUAUCGCAACC